UGAAUAUUAUACCGCUGAACGACUAAUUCGAUGGCUUAAAAAGAACAUGGCUGCCAUGAUGGCGGCCCUUUGCGCUCGAAAAUUGGGAGUUUUCCAACCUUUUAAAUGUCUGCCAGUGCUUGUUAUACAGAGCCGAACAGCAGCCAAGAAGUCUGCAGGUCAUACAAAGAAUCGUCAGCAUCACAAUAGAAGAAGAAAAGGCAAGGGUUAUGGACCAAGGAGGACCGAAGGAGAACGUGUCACACCAGGGACAAUGCUUUUGAAGCAGAAAAAGACAGAGGUCAAAUAUCACCCAGGAUUAAACGUUGGUCUUGGUAAAGACAACACUUUGUUUGCAUUAGUGGAGGGAUUUGUGAAAUAUAGCAGUGAGCGUGCUGAACCAUAUCAUUGGUGUCUGGGUCAGCAGGAACCAGUUGAGGAAAAGAAGUAUAUUAGUGUUGUGGCUAGGGAGCCAUUUAGAGGACACAAACUUGUUCCAGUGCGAGAUGUGUAUAAAAUUGCUGACCAAUAAUGUGCUUAGUGUCUGAAUGGUUUUUACCUUAGGGAUAUUUAUAGAUUAUAAUCAUCAAACCUCUCUAAGAUGGACACAUAAAGGAUUGUGAGCAUGUGCCAGUCUUAUUAAGCUUUUAAGGAACUAAAAGGAGUGUGGGCAUAAUCUCAGUGUUAUCUGUGAGGGCUAUGUCUUUAAAAAGUGAAUUGUCUGAGAAGAGUGCUUCAUUUAGAAAGUGUCUUCUAUUGCAUUUUUUCACAGAGAAUAUCGCUAUUAAUCAUAACUGUUAAAAGCUGUUAUUUUUUAAAUUGUGUCUCCACUGUUCCAAGAAGAUUUUAAAAAAAUUUUUCAAAGAUUUCGAAACCUUGGAUGGAGAGAUUUCUCAUCACUUUCAAUACCAGUAUGUAAAUGUAAGGAAAAUAAAAUUCCUGGACCAAUGAAGUUUGUAUAAUAACUGA